AUGAAGCAACAUUUGGUGGGAGGUUUUAGGAAUACAAAGAAAUGUCUUAAGGCUCCCGAGCAUGUAAGGACGGAAGUGAAUGCUUAUAUGAUUAAGAAAGCAACUAGUAAAGUGCUUAAUCAAUUUGCUAGAAAUCCGUCUCAAGAUGUUGGUGAUUAUGAUGAAGAAGAGGAAGAGGUGGAAAUUGAAGCUAUUGCAAGGUUCUUUUAUGACAAUGCAAUUCCCUUCUAUCCGGCUACUAGUGAUAGCUUCAAAGGAAUGGUUGAAGCUAUUGGACAAUAUGGUCCGGGGUUGGUUCCACCGAGCAUGUAUGAGCUAAGAGUUCCUUUUCUUCAAAAGGAAGUGGAAGCCACGAACACCAAAGUGAUGGAGUUCAAGAAAGAAUGGGCCAUAAAGGGAUGUUCUAUUUUAUCCGAUGGAUGGCGUGAUUCGGUGGUGCAAAAGAAUAUUGUGAACUUUCUUGUCAACUCUCCAAAAGGGUCCGUGUUCAUCAAAUCGGUGGAAGUUUUCGAAGUUGUGAAAGAUUCAACCACUUUGUUUUUGAUGCUUGAUUCUAUUGUUGAGGAAGUUGGAGAGAUGAAUGUUGUGCAAGUGGUGAUGGAUAAUGCAUCUAACUAUGUUAAGGCGGGGAAAUUGCUUAUGGCCAAAAGACCACAUCUUUAUUGGACUCCAUGUGCCGCACAUUGUGUGGACUUGAUGUUGGAGGAUAUUGGAAAGCUUCCAAAGAUCAAGAAUGCCCUUAAGAAGGCGAUCUUCAUGAAUGGUUAUAUAUAUAACCAUGUCGGCGUUGUGAACAUCAUGAGGAGAUUCACCAAUCAAAGGAAUUUGCAUCGACCAGCGGUCACAAGGUUUGCAACUUCCUUCAUCACUCUUGCACAAUAUCACAAGCAAAAAAAUAAUUUGAAGAAGAUGGUCAUUUCGGAAGAGUGGAUUGCUUCAAAGUGGCAAAAGUGA